AUGACAUCCAUCCCAGAAAUGGGACAAAAAAGUUUCGCUUCACUACUUUUACAUUUUAGGCCUGAAGUCGUAUUUGGCAUUAAGAUUUCAAAUACAGAGUGUAGGAGCAUGUGGGGACAGGUAACUGAAUUCUGGGUUUCAUACACUGAGGGGUGAUUUCAGUCCUCUCUAGAUGGAGGAAUGAUAAUCCGAGAGUGUAUAUUUGAGAAACCCAUGUAUCCUACUGGUGGUGCACCGUCUUAGACCAAGCCCUCAGUAAAGUCUGCGGUGGUUCUGGUGUUUUUACCGCAAGGUUUUUUUUUCCUUCUCUCUCCCCUCUUGAAGCCCUCAGAUGAGGAUCACUGCUACGUCUCAGUCACGUGGCUCCCCUCAGUGAAGGCUUUGCUUUCUGCGGCUCCUCCGCUCAGCCAGCGAUGUUGAGGCUGAGAUGUGAGAUGCAACUCAGAGGGAUUCGCUCAUAGAGGCAAAGUUAUGGCACGGUCAUCCUCGGAGAAAAAGGUCCCGCAGCAAUUUCUCUCUGCUAAAAGUCCCCGCACGGCAUCCUGCCUCACUGGUGACGCGCACGUCUUUCUGGGACGCACAACCCCGGAUCGAGAAACCCCAAAAUUACGCGUCAAAUUAAACUAAUUUAAAUAGAGACAGAAACGCGUCGAGAACCGGAGGAGAUUGCAGCCGUUUUUGUUGCACCAAACUUCCCACCAAAGUUAUCCCUCAGACAGCACAUCCUCUGUGACCCUCGAAAGUUAUUUAUGGGUUUAAAACUUUUCACCCAGAUUGCGUCAGUGCAGCAGUGCUGAGUUUGAGUGAGGGGCACAAUGCAACAGGCCUGUGAAGUGAAGAUAACAACUGGCUCACAGCUACACACGGUGUAAAGUGAAUGUUGAUGCAGCCAUAGUUUCAAGUGCCCUUCGACCAAGCCGAGAAUGACACUCAGAGAGUAAGACUUCUGAGUUUACUCUUCACCUCCAGAGCCUUCAGGAAUACCACCAAAACAGAUUAACAGUGAAACCAAGGCAGCCAUGAACCUGUUCAGAAAGGAUGCCAUGACCACUAAGAAGGAGAAAGAGAAAGAGAUCCAGUAUGAGGACCCUCCAGAUGGAGGUUGGGGCUGGAUGGUGGUGCUGCAUUGCUUCCUGGUAAAUGUCCUUGUGAUGGGAACACUGAAGAGCUUUGGGAUCUUCUUUGUGGCGUUCCAAGACGAGUUUGGAGGCUCAUCAGAGAGCAUCAGCUGGAUCGGUUCCAUCAUGUCAAGUCUGCGUCUCUCUGGAGCACCCCUCGCCUCCGUGGCCUGUGCUAAGCUAGGAACCAGGGUGACCUCCAUCGCCGGGGCAGUGCUGGUUAGCGGAGGCUUCCUCAUGAGUAUUUUUGCCAACAGCGUGGUGUUCCUCUACAUCAGCAUGGGAGUGAUAGUUGGAAUGGGUUUUGCACUACUAUACCAAUCCUUCUCCGUGGUCACAGCGCUGUACUUCCGAAAGAGGUUAGCAACGGCGUAUGCGAUCGGGCGUUCUGGGAUGGGUUUGACCUUUGCCCUCGCACCAUUCACUCAGCUGCUCCUGGACCAGUAUGCAUGGCAAGGGGCGAUGCUGAUUCUUGGCGGUCUCAUGCUGAAUCUGGUCGCCUCUGGGCUGCUUCUGCGACCCAUCAAUGUGAAGCCCGCCUCUGUGUCAAACCCUACCUCUUCUCCCACCCAAAAGAGCCCUGCUGUCUCCCUCAAGAGCUCCUCAGAGAAGGAAUACACUAAGAGCUGCUUGAAUGGCUCCUCUCACUUAUCCAAUGGCAUCUCCAAAUCAGACUCAUUUCCAUCCCCUCCUCCCCCUCCUCCACACAGGGACACAGAAGACCCGGAGGGGCAGUGUACUCAGGGACUCCAGGACCAGUCAGUGAACCCUGAACUGACCAGACUGGUCCUCAAUGGAGUGAAUGGCCAUGAGCCCCACAAUGACUUGGGUCAGGGUAAACCCACCACCCCAGACACUUCCAUGGAGCUCAACAGCAGCAUGAAUGGCUCCACCAUUGUUGCCUCACAUGCCAGCACACCGAGUGAGGUGACCAGCAGAAAAACCAAAGUACUGGAUUUCUCCUUGCUAAAGGACCCAUUCUUUUGCAUCUACACUUGGUCUUUGGUCUUCAGCCAGCUGGCCUACUUCAUCCCCUAUUUCCACCUGUCUGCCCGAGCCAGAACUCUGGGCAUCGACGCCAUGGACGCCUCCUUUAUCAUCUCUGUUGCAGGUAUCACAGAGACGAUUGCCCAGCUGGCCUCAGGCUGGGUGACAGACAGGAACCUUUUCCAUAAGUACCACUACCACAAAGCCUACCUGAUCCUCUGUGGCCUGGUCAACCUGCUCUCCCCACUGGCAACCUCCUACAUCCUGUUGAUGGUUUAUGCUGUCUUCUUUGCCAUCUUCUGCGGCGGCUACAUGGCCCUGCUGCUGCCAGUUCUAGUAGAUCUUGUGGGGUCGGAGAAACUCAACAACUCCAUGGGCUUCUCCAUGUUCUUUGUCGGCCUGGGUUGCCUCACAGGGCCUCCUUUGGCAGGGUUCCUGUACGACUACACUCAGACUUACGACUGUUCUUUCUACCUGGCUGGCCUCUGCUAUCUGCUCUCCUCCCUCUCCCUGUUCAUGGAGCCGCUGGCUCAGCGCUGGAAGGGAAGGAGGAAACAGACCCAGGCCAAGAGAGCAGAAAGCAGCUGCAAGACCAACGGCUGCUUCACCCCCGACCGCCUGCAGAACGGCGCUGUGUAGAUGAAUGAAAACCCAGGGAAGGCCUUCGAUCUUGAACCAGCAUGCUCAUGACUUGCAGUGGGCCUGCAUACCUCGGGCCUGAACGUGACUCCAACUUCAAGUCGGGACCUAAGUGACCCUUCAUUUCUGCAGGAGUGUAACACGGGCCGAGGAAAAGACGUUUAUGACCACAGUAACAUGAUGUCCAAGAACAUACAGUAGUCGGGACGUUGGUGAAUAGAUUAAUAUGUUGAACAUUUGAAAGCCAAAAUUUUAGUGUUCUGCAAAAUAUUUUAUCCCCUGUUCUUGUUCUGAUCAGAGGUACAAGCAUCAAAACCGAAGAUAACACUUUACGUACAACAGCCAGCACAUUUUAAUAUCAGCAGCUUUGCAACCAUAACUUAUUAGAACAUAAUCUAAUCCUGUUUUCUUUUCUUUGCACAUAAUAUUGCUGGAAACAAGCUAUGCAACUGAGCUUGAAAUCCUGUCUUCAACUAGUUUUUUUCUGUGAUGACUUUAUUGGAAGCACAUAUCCUCGAGGAAAUAUUUUUCACCUGAUCUCUUUGGAAGCCUUUACCUGUUAUCAGUAAACCUGUACUCACACAUAUGCA